AUGCACGACUGUGGUAAUCGGCGCGGCGUGCACGACAGUAAUAAGCGCAGUGUGCACGACUGUGGUAAUAAGUGUGACGUGCAGGACAGUGGUUUUGAGCGCGGUGUGUACGGCAGUGGUAAUAAGUGCGGUGUACACGACAAUGGUAUUGAGCGCGGUGUGCACGGCAGUGGUAAUAAGUGCGGUGUCCACGAUAGUGGUAUUGAGCGCGGUGUGCACGGCAGUGGUAAUAAGUGCGGUGUGCACGACAGUGGUAUUCAGCGCGGUGUGCACGGCAGUUGUAAUAAAUGCGGUGUACACGACAAUGGUAUUGAGCGCGGUGUGCAAGGCAGUGGUAAUAAUGUUAUUCAGCGCGGUGUGCACGGCAGUGGUAAUAAGUGCGGUGUGCACGACAGUGGUAUUCAGCGCGGUCUGCACGGCAGUGGUAAUAAGUGCGGUAUGCACGACAGUGGUAUUGAGGGCAGUGUGCACGGCAGUGGUAAUAAGUGCGGUUUGCACGACAGUGGUAUUGAGCGCGGUGUGCACGGCAGUGGUAAUAAGUGCGGUGUGCACGACAGUGGUAUUCAGCGCGGUGUGCACGGCAGUGGUAAUAAGUGCGGUAUGCACGACAGUGGUAUUGAGCGCGAUGUGCACGGCAGUGGUAAUAAGUGUGGUGUGCACGACAGUGAUAUUGAGCGCGGUGUGCACGGCGGUGGUAGUGAGAGUAAUGUGCACGACAGUGGUGUUGCGCGCCGUGUUUGA